AUGGUACGGAUAGGAGCUCUUCCAACUCGACUGUUAUCGUUACAGUACGGAGCAGAUCUAGUAUGGAGCCCAGAGAUUGUAGAUAGGGCGAUCAUUGGCUGUGAUCGAACGGUGAACGAAAAGACAGGUCUGGUCGCAUAUAGCAGAGAGGGAAAGCACAUCUUUACAACGCAUCCUAUCGAACGUGAUCGAUUAAUCUUUCAAUUAGGCAGCAGUUCUCCUGAAUGGGCUUAUAAGGCCAUCAAAUUCAUCACUGCUCAUGAUGAAGUGGCAGGUGUUGAUUUGAAUUGCGGCUGUCCCAAAUCUUUCAGUACGAUUGGAGGAAUGGGAGCACAAUUAUUGAGCACGCCAGAUCUAUUGUGCGAUAUCCUACGUGCAAUGCGUAUAGCCGCACCAUCACACGUUUCGGUCACAUGCAAAAUUCGUCUUUUGCCUACGAAGGAGGAAACGCAAAACUUGGUUCGAAAGAUUGUUCGCACAAAUUGCAUUGAUGCCUUGACCCUGCAUUGUCGUACCAAAACGAUGAGACCGCGAGAGCCUGCCUUACCACAUAGACUGCAAGAAGUGAAAGAAAUUGUGGAUCAAGAGAGUGGCGGAAAAUUACCUUUGAUCUGCAAUGGUGAUGCUUGGGAUGCAGCUGAAGCACGUUCAUUAAUGCAAAAAACCGGUGUGAGCGCCGUGAUGAUGGCACGUGGACCUGAAGGCAAUCCGAGCUGUUUUCGGCCUGAAGGUGUUUUGAGUGUCCCGGAGAUCAUUGCACCCGAAUGGGUGAAAUUGGCAAUAGCAUUGGACAAUCAAUAUGGAAAUACAAAGUACUGC